AUGUUAACAACACAUGCUUUUCAACAUAUACAACUUCAUCAUCAUCAUCAUCAUCAUCAUCAGCAUAGGGGCAGCACGUCAAUCGAGUUCGAUAAGAUUACUAACUUAAAUACGUUAAUUAUUGAAAUUAACAGUCAUGUGGCUUUAUUUCGCGAUAUGCUUAUACUUGUUGGCCAACCAAGAGAUUGUCCGGAGUUACGUGAGAAAAUACGCAAAUUGCGACGAACUUGCGUUGAAACCAGCAAACAUAUGGCACAUUUAAUAAUGACACAACUGAAACGCUCUAACCUUAACGAACAUCCAAAUGGUAAUCAACCACAUCUGGUACUGCUGUUCUAUUUAUUACAAAUUUUCCUACGCGAAUUAUACAAAAGUUAUCGUUUAGUACAAGUGAUACCUAUGGACAUGAGUGGCUAUUAUGAGAAUCGUGCUGGUCCAUCGAAUUUAGGUAAUGUAUUUGGGAUACUCUUAUGCAAACAAAUAACUCCGGAUUUCAAUCAGGAGGAAUUAAAUAGCAUUAAAAAGGAUUCGCACGAAAUCGGUGUAUUAAUGGCUGAACUGCAGGAGCAUAUGCCGCGAUGCGACACACAUUUAGAACGUAAUCCCGCUGGUUUGGAUGGGCAUUCCUGGCCACCGAAACGCAGACGCACAUCAAUCUACAAAAAUUUGAAUUUAUUGUGCUGUAUAUCACGGCCAAAUUAUUUGUAA